AUGCUAAUAUUUGGCCUAGCCACUUUGUUAGAAGUUGGCAUAGCUGGUGCAGGCCCUCCGCCUGUAUUCAACGUCCUAAACUUCGGAGCGAAGGGAGAUGGUUUUGCAGAUGACACACAGGCUUUUUCAAAAGCAUGGGUGGCCGCUUGCUCGGCAACUACAGGACCACCAACAAUGUAUGUGCCUAAGGGCAGGACUUUUCUUGUGUCGCCCAUAACAUUCAAGGGUCCUUGUAGAUUCCAGAAAGUUUUAUUUCAGAUGGAAGGCACAUUGAUAGCACCAAACGAUCCCAGAAGGUGGAAAGGAAUAGAUCCAUCUCUCUGGUUGCAGUUUCAGCAUGUUGGUACACUGAAUGUCUUUGGUGGAGGUAUAAUAAAUGGUCGAGGGCAAAAUUGGUGGAAACAAUCAUGCAAAGAUAACCCAAAACCGGCAAUAACAUUUGUAGAUUGUAACGACCUCUGGGUGAGAGAUCUGCAAUCUGUUGACAGUCCACAAGUACAUAUGCUCCUCAUUAACUGUCAACGAGUGACUCUUUCAAACCUCAAGAUGGUUGCUCCUGAAAAUAGCCCCAACACUGAUGGUAUCCAUGUUAAAAAUUCACAACACGUAUAUAUCCAUAAUUCAGUUGAAGAUCCUUUGAUAGGUGAUGAUUGCAUAUCUAUUGGAGAUCAUGUUAACGAUGUUCAUAUAGAUCGGAUUGUCUGUGGACCAGGACAUGGCAUUAGCAUUGGAAGCUUAGGAAGGUAUGGCAGUGUAGCUUCAGUCGAAGGUAUAACCGUUAGGUAUUCUAACUUUUAUGGGACAACAAAUGGAGUAAGAAUCAAGACAUGGCAGGGAGGAAAAGGGUUUGUAAGAGGAAUCAGGUUUGAGCAUUGCAACUUCACCAAAGUUGAUAAUCCUGUAAUCAUUGACCAGUAUUAUUGUGAUGCCCCAAUCAAUUGCCCACCUCAGAAAAAUGCAGUUCAAAUCAGCAACGUAACAUAUGCAAAUUUGUAUGGAAGUUCAAGCACCCCAGUUGCAGGAGGCCCACAGGGCGGCGGCAACGACGAGGUGCCCGAGAAAGCUAAAACACCGCCGGCAUCUUUAACCGAUGGCGUAUCUGAAGUCGUUCCCACGACUUUCUUCGAGCCAGAGCUCAUUCUCCGUGGCGCCAUGGAUGUUGCUGGUCGAACAAGAUGGAGUUCAUCGGAGGUUCUGUCAAAAUUAACAAGAAUUCUCAUUUACGGAAUCAAGACAAGAGAAGAAAGAGUCAAGUGA